UUUUUUGUAUUACAACUUCUAAAACUAAAGUAUGAGAAAAGCUCUGAAGUUUGUUUUGUAAAAUAUUUUUUUAAAUAUGGGUUGGAUUGUGUUUCAUUCCAUGUGUUUGUUUCUUUUUGUUUUUCCUUCAUGGGCUUCUUCAUUGGUGCCGUUGUGCAACCAUGAUGAUUCCUCUGCCUUGCUUGAAUUCAAGAAUUCUUUUAGUCUUAAUGUUUCCUUCAUUAGGAAGAAAUGUGAGCCUGCUUACUAUCCAAGGACAAAAUCAUGGAAAAACGGUACGAAUUGUUGCUUGUGGGAUGGAGUUAGUUGUGACACAAAAUCAGGCUACGUCCUUGGCAUCGACCUUUCUCAAAUUAAUCUUAUCCCUUUUAGCUUACACAAUGAAAGUGACUUCACCUUACCCAACCUUCUUGGAUUAAGUUUAUCAUCAUGCAAACUCAAGAGUUUCCCAAGCUUCCUCAAUGAGUUAAAAACUCUUGAGAAUUUAGAUCUAUCUUACAACCAAAUCAAUGGAAGGGUUCCAAGCUGGUUUAAUAAUUUGGGAAAUGGAACUUUGUCUUCUUUAGACCUUUCUCAUAACCUUCUUACAUCAACUGGGAAUCUCUCACAUAUGAACAUUUCUUAUAUUGAUCUAAGCUUUAACAUGUUGGAAGGAGAAAUUCCACUUCCACCAUUUGGCACUUCUUUCUUUUCAAUCUCAAACAACAAGUUGACUGGAGAUUUAUCUUCAAGAAUUUGCAAUGCUAGAUCCCUCGAGAUACUCAACCUGUCUCACAACAACUUCACUGGCAAGCUUCCACAGUGCAUUGGAACUUUCCAAAAUCUUUCAGUUUUAGAUCUACAAAAGAACAACCUUGUUGGAAUCAUACCCAAAAUCUAUUUUGAGAUGAGAGUUUUAGAGACUAUGAUUUUGAAUGGAAAUCAAUUGACGGGACCAUUACCUCAUGUUAUUGCCAAAUGGAAAAAACUGGAAGUUUUGGAUCUAGGAGAAAAUAACAUAGAGGGCUCAUUUCCUAGUUGGUUAGAGUCUCUCCCAGAGUUGCAAGUCCUUGUUUUACGUGCGAAUAGGUUCAAUGGUACCAUCUCAUGUUUGAAAACCAACCAAACAUUUCCUAAGUUGAGGGUUUUUGAUGUCUCCAACAAUAAUUUUAGUGGCUCUUUGCCCACAACGUACAUCAAAAACUUUAAAGGAAUGGUGAUGACUAAUGUGAAUGAUGGCUUGCAAUAUAUGAUUGGUUCAAAUAUAUAUAGCUACUAUGAUUCUGUUGUGGUCACAAUAAAAGGGUUCGAUUUAGAGCUAGAGAGGAUCUUGACUACUUUCACAACUCUUGAUUUAUCAAACAAUAAAUUUGAAGGAGAGAUUCCAACGAUCAUUGGAGAGUUGAAGUCACUCAUAGGACUUAACCUUUCAUGUAAUAAAAUCAAUGGUCCUAUUCCACAAUCCUUUGGUGGUUUAAGAAGUCUGGAAUGGUUAGACCUCUCCUCAAACAAACUCACAGGUGAGAUUCCUGAGGCAUUGACCAAUCUUAGCUUUCUUUCCAAAUUGAACCUCUCACUAAACCAGCUGGAGGGGAUCAUACCAAUAGGGAAGCAGUUCAAUACAUUUGAGAAUGAUUCCUAUAAGGGAAAUCCAGGACUAUGUGGGUUUCCUUUGUCAAAACCAUGUCACAAGGAUGAAGAACAACCAAGAGAUUCAAGUUCAUUUGAGCAUGAAGAAGAAUUUUUAUUUGGAUGGAAAGCUGUGGCUAUUGGAUAUGCUAGUGGAAUGGUAUUUGGAAUACUAUUGGGUUACAUUGUUUUCUUAAUUAAAAGACCACAAUGGCUAAUUUGGUUUGUUGAAGACAUUGCCUGUUUAAUACGGAGGAAGAUGAAGAGGAGGAGCCAAAAGUUUCUCGCAAAUAAAAGAGGAUAGAAUCUAUCUUUUAGAGUCAGUUCAAUGAACAGAAUUUGAAUUUGUAACUUCAAAUAAUAUAUUUCAGAUCUUCACUA